UAAAGGCGCCACCGCCGCCACAGCCACAGACCUUCUAGUAACCCUGCGUGGACUCACCCUUCACUAUGACUCUUCUGAUGCAGGCUCCACUCCUGAUAGCCCUGGGCUUGCUUCUCGUUGGCCCCGCGGCCCCUGCACGCGUUCUCCUGAUCCAGCAGGGUAGCUUUUCCUGGGAUAACUGUGACAAGGGGAAGGAUCCUGCCGUGAUCAAAAGCCUGACACUGGAACCCGACCCCAUUGCUAUUCCUGGAGAUGUGACUGUCAGUGUCGAGAUCAAGACCAGCGUCCCUCUUGAGUCUCCUCAGAAGGUGGAAUUAACUGUGGAGAAGGAGGUGGCAGGCUUCUGGGUCAAGAUCCCAUGUGUGGAACAGAUUGGCAGCUGUACCUAUGCAGACUUCUGUAAUGUGCUCGACAGUUUCAUUCCCCCUGGAGAGAACUGUCCCGAACCCCUGCACACUUAUGGGCUUCCGUGCCACUGUCCCUUCAAAACAGGCACCUACUCACUGCCCAAGUCUAAUUUCACCUUGCCUGAACUGGAGCUGCCUGGCUGGCUCAGCACCGGGAACUACCGCAGCAAGAUCAUCCUGAGCAACAAAAACAAGCGUCUGGGCUGCGUCAAGAUCUCUGCCUCUCUCAAGGGCAAAUAACAUGGUACCAGCCACAGCUGAAUAAUGGGACAUGAAGAAGGUGUCUCUUUCCUGUCUUGCAUCUGUCAAAGCUGGAUUCUGACUUUGUCCCCUUUAAGUCCUUUUCUGCACUGAUUCCACCACCCUUGUAGAAAAUCAUUUCCUGCCACCUAUGCUGUAGGCUGGGGCAAACCAAGGCUUUGAACCGAUUUGUUCUGGUUCGAACACCUGCUGAGAAUCUGCAUUUCUAACAAGUUCCCAGGUGAUGCUAAUGCUGUCGUUAGGGACCAGUUCUGAGAACUACUAGUAGAGCAGUGGGUCUCAAAAUUUAUUAUUCGUAAGAAUCACCUGGGGAUCUUGUUAAACUGUAGCUUCUAAUUCAGUAUAUCUGGGGUGGAAAAGCAAAUUGUCAGCAGCGGUUAAAACUGGAACAAACUGGUUUGAAGCCCUGGGGCAAACAGCCCUGGUUGAAGAGAGGAGAAGUUUGGCACUUUUGGACAGCACAGGACAUCUGCUGGGCUGGCCAUUUCCUUUUCCUCACCACCCCUGUGGCCUUCUCCCUAAGAGCUUUGCUCAUUUCCUAAAUACUCAAGGAAUACAAAUGAACAUGCCAUGGAACCCCAAGUUCAGGUUGACCCAAUCUCUUCAAGUACCUUUAUAACUUUCUCAUUCGUUUUUAAUUUUUUUGUCACUGGCUUGAAAGCAGAGCAAGUGUAUUAACAUUUUUUCAUUUUACUCUAACCCCCUCUUAUAGUGAAGCAGUUGAUUUAGUCUGUUCUUUGAUUAGCUUCUAUGAUUCAGUAUCCUUUCCCAGGUUUGCCCAGCUAACACUGGGCAUGCGGUACCCCAGAGAGGCAGAGCCUGUGUAGUGGGGGAUCCCUUGGAGGAAGUAUUUAAGGAUGCUCUACAUGUUUAAGAUAGAGUUGGCAAUCUCAGGUGACUUCAGGGCCAAGCAAGAGACAUAAUCAAGUGACUAAGGCCAUGAGAAACAUGUCACUUUCUAUGUGUGUCUUCUUGUCUCCUGUUUUGAUAGAGACAUGGGUACAAUAAGUGUUUCUUAAACUGUAUGAGCAACAACAGGACACGUGCGUUGAUGCCAGAUAGCCAGCACCCAAUCUCGAGUUGGGAUAUAAUCAAGGAUGGUAAGGGCUGGAGUAGUUGGAUAGGACAGGUCAUUCGGUAGGGGCACCUGCUAUUUAGCUAUAAGCCAAUUAGUGCCACACGAGAAUGUAGGACCAGUUUAGCCAGACAUUCUCAAUGUUUUUCCCUAGAGAAGCCAAAAACUCAGACUUUUAUGUGAAAUCUUGAAAUUUUUAAAUAUUGGCAGCUAAUUAUUUUUCUACACACUGUGGGCCAAUGGGGUCAAACACAUUUGUGAGUGGGGAAAUCUGGCCCGUGGAUAGCAGUUUGUAACCUCUGAUCUAACAGCUUGAAGGCCUUGUCCUUUCAGUCUUUGGACAGCUCUGUCUGGUACCAUUUCUCCCUCCAUAGGGCCAACCCAUAGUGUCUGGCCCCAAGGAGAAGACUCUUCCAGUGCUAGGGAAGUUAAGGCAGCCUCUCUGAGAGCUGUGAGCUGCGGGAUCACGAGGCUGCCUGCCCCAACCUUGGAGCCUUGUCAGAGUGAAGGGAGCAGAAGCUGAAGAGUCAAACCCACCAGCAGCUGCUUUGUGGAGCAGGGAUUCAGUGAAGAGAGAUUUGUCCAUUCGUCCGUCAUCUCAUGACAACUCUGAGCUAUGUUCUGAACUACAGACCAGCCCCAGGUCUGGGCUCAUUUGAAGCCUAGAAUGAAAAUAAAACUUUUUAACUUGC